AUGGCACCAACGUUGUGGCCAGCGGCGCAACAACCGAUUAACGGCAACGAAACAGCGGCGUGCCGUUGGCAGCCCAACGGCGGCAGCAAGCGACAACGUUGGCAGCAGCGGCGGCUGGCAACAGCGCGUGGCAACAGCGGCAACCCGGCGGCAGCAGCUCCUUUCUUUGUUGACAACGAGCAGCAGCAGCAACCCAGCGAGUCUAUACAUAAACAACAUGGUGGUGGUGCCCGAGGGGCCCUCCUAGGGGACAGCAGCGCUCCCAAGGGACCUCCCAGCGGCAAGGGCGUCCCAGGUGGCCCUAGCAGAGACGGCGGAGUCCCCAAGGGCCCUGACAGGGGCUCUGGCGCCCCCAAUGGCUUUUACAGAUUCGGUGGCGCCUCCAGCUGCCCUCCCAGGCGCAGCGAGCCCCCAGGGGAGCUCCCAGUUGUGGUGGCAUACCCAGGGGCUCUCCCAGGGGUGACGGCGCCCACAGAGGCCCUCCCAGCGGCAGUGGCGACCCCAGGGGACCUCUCAGGGGUGGUGAUGCCCCCAGGGGCGUAUAAGGGGCAACGACGCCCCCAGGGGCUCUAG